AUGGCGGCCUCCAUGAUCUCGUCGUCAGCUCUGGUGGCGCCGUCCAGGGCGCAGGGCCUGCCGUCCCUCGGCCGCCGCGCCGCCUCCUUCGCCGUCGUCUGUGGCACCAAAAAGAAGAUCAAGACCGACAAGCCCUACGGGAUUGGAGGUGGCCUGACCGUCGAUAAGGAUGCCUCCGGGAGAAAGGGCAAGGGCAAGGGCGUGUACCAGUUCGUCGACAAGUACGGCGCUAACGUCGACGGAUACAGCCCAAUCUACAACGAGAAUGAUUGGUCUCCCAGCGGCGACGUCUACGUCGGUGGAACCACUGGGCUUCUGAUCUGGGCCGUCACCCUCGCUGGGCUCCUCGGCGGCGGCGCCCUCCUCGUCUACAACACCAGCGCCCUCUCCGGCUAA